AUGAAAGGUCCUCUUCUUGUUGAACCCAAUCGAAUUAUGAAAUUUACCAAGUCAAGACCUAGAAAAGAUUCCACCUUAGAUAAAAUUGAAGAACACCCUGAUAAGGUCUUGGCUGGUCAAGUGAGUGGUGUAAGAGGGAAAAAAGCCAUGAAGGAAAUCUUUCGAGGUUUUGAAAAACUCCAAGAAACCGAAAAUUUGGAGGAAAUUCAGAAGGAUCCGGAAAAUGUUAAAUUCAGAUUUGCACUUGGUGAAUUGUGGGAAAAUGCAAUCUUUGAAAAUGUUGUAGGAGUUCAGGAAGAUUCAGAGGCGGCCCAGAAAAGUUUGGAGAGUAUUGAAUUUGAUAUUCCAUUUGGGGAGGUUGAAAAUGAAGGGAAAUUGAAGAAAAUGCGAUGGGAGAGAGAUGAGAGAAUGGUGAUUAGGUGGGUAAAAAAGGAGAAGGAGGUUACCACUGCUGAGUUGGUUCUUGAUGGAGUAUUGCUAAAGAGGUUGCAGGGUAAGGCUGCAAUGACGAGAAAAUGGGUGAAGGUUAAGAAAGCUGGGGUGACUCGAGCUGUUGUUGAUCAAAUUCAUCUUAUUUGGAAGAACAAUGAACUUGCCUUAAUCAAAUUUGAUCUGCCCUUGUGCCGAAAUACGGAGACAGCGCAAGAGAUCACUGAGGCAGAUUUGAACAAAAACAAUGAUUGA